GACCGUGCGCACGCCUUAGAUUAGGCAAAUAUACAACGUAACCUCUGAAUCAAGCCAUACCUUGUAAUCGAAAAAGAUGUAUGCGACGGAAUAGAAACAUCACAAUCAAGGGAUAUCUGUAUGCUACUAUAUAUAUCAUAUAAUACACAGAAUCGAUAACCACUAGAACGCUUUGGAUUCAGGGGAAAUCAGGAAUGUUUCUUCCGGUUCACAAGAGUGCAAAAACAGAACGGAAGCUGAUUUGGCCCUGCUGAAGCCCUUCCGGUGUUGUCCGCACAAAUACAUUUGCAGCAGUUUAGCCGCGAGCGUCUCAAGUGCCACACUCACAGAGACUGCGUAGCGGGGAGUCCUCAUCAGUCGCCUCUUCUCCGCGCAGAGAAACGGCACAGCAGACCUCGGUCUCGGGAGCAGAGGGGGCAGUGUCCCGGGUGCAUGUCUCAUCGCCUUGAAAUACAAAACCUCAGACCCGUCCAGGACCUGACUGCCCUGCCCGUCGAGAGAGCAAGCCCGCUCUAGCGAGUCACUGGUCAGGCUUUAUAUCCGGCAGCUGAGCACCGUGACCUGGAGAGGCGACAGCCCCCCCCCCCUGUGACGGGAGCUGUUGACGGAGGGCAGGGCGGGGGGAGAGAACACUUUCCCGGGCCAUGAAGCUCCAAGCUGUGAUGGAGAACCUGCACCGACAGCAGAGGGCCAAGUUACUGAUGGAGCUGGAGCAACAGCAGAGCGGGGCUUUGCAGGGUCACUGCCGCACCCCGACCGGCGCCGGCAACGAGCGGAUUGGCAGCCCCGCCGCCGAGUCGGAGCACGCCCAGAUGACGGCGCUGGCGGCCAUGAGGGCCGUGGCGGCCGGGCUGCAGAGGGCCUCGGACAGCUCCGUGUCGGAGCGCAGCAGCGUGGGUGAGGACGAUGAGGAAGAGGAGGAUGACGAUGACGAUGACGAGGAAGAAGGCGGCGAGGAGCAGUACAAGGAUAUGAUGGGCUCGGAGGAGGAGGAGCAGAUAAAGCAGAAGUGGCAUGAGGAGGACUUCGAGGGUGAGAUUGAGGAGGACUACGCGGAGGACCUGGUCGACGAGGGGCUGCCCACUGGCCGAGAGGCGGUGGCCCCGGGAAAAGGCAUCCUGCUGCUGCCCCACCGCCAUCUGCACCCCCACUCCCAACUCCUGAAGCCACCACGCCCCAGCACCGGGAUCGACCCUGACCGGGAGCCCCGAGUGGCUGUCCUCCCCCCACACGGACCCCACAGCCAGCAGGUUGGCCAGGACCAUGGAGACUGGACCUAUGAAGAGCAGUUCAGACAGCUCUACGAGCUCGACGGGGACCCAAAGAGAAAAGAGUUUCUGGAUGACCUGUUCAGCUUCAUGCAAAAGAGAGGGACCCCUGUUAACAGGAUCCCCAUCAUGGCCAAGCAGGUCCUGGACCUGUACACGCUCUACCAGCUGGUGACCGAGAAGGGUGGCCUGGUGGAGGUCAUCAACAAGAAGCUGUGGAGAGAGAUAACCAAAGGACUCAACCUGCCUACCUCAAUUACUAGUGCUGCCUUUACCCUCAGGACGCAAUACAUGAAGUAUUUGUACCCAUACGAAUGUGACAAGAGGAGCCUUAGCAACCCCAAUGAGCUCCAGGCAGCUAUCGACAGUAACCGGCGGGAGGGCCGUCGGCAGAGCUUUGGCAGCUCCCUGUUCACCUACUCCCCCAACGGAACGCCCACCAUGUUGUCCUCCCCCAAGAUGUCCAUGCAGAACAUGGGGAUGAGUGUGGCCACCAACGGAGGCCAUUCUCUCACUCCCAUACCUAGAAUCAAGAAAGAAGAGGAGGCCGGUCAACCGGCGUCCGUCAUGGGCCACGUGCCCGGUCACUCCUUGGCCGGCCACUCCGCAGCGGCUGUGCAGGCGGCAAUGGUGGCCCAGGUGGCGGCGCUGGAGCAGCUGCGGGACAAGCUGGAGGCGGGCGAGCCCCCGGAGAAGAAGAUGGCCCUGCCUGCCGAGGAGCACCAGCGGCUGCUGCAGAGGGCACUGCAGCACAACCUGCUGGCCAUGACCGCCCAGGUGCCCAUGAACAUCCGCAUCAACAGCCAAGAUGGCCGACAGGACUCAGCUCUUAAUCUCACCACUAACGGCGUGAGCAGCAUCAGUAUGUCAGUGGAGCUCAAUGGAGUCAUGUAUGCUGGUGUGCUUUUUGCUCAGGCAGCGGGGUCAACCUCGUCAGGCACCUCAGGAUCAUCAUUUAGCAACAAAGCCCCUGGUGCGCGUAGUGGACCCCAGGCCCCCCCACACACACCUACCUCAGUCACCUCAACCAACCCGUUGUCUUAACAACCCCGGACCCUUCCCCUUCUGAUGCUAACUAAAGCCAAAAACCAACCUCAUUUUCUAUAUAGCAUAUGCCAAAAAACAAAACAAAAAAACAACCACAGUAAGACUCAAACUCAGACCACUUGAAGGACACCAUCUCAGGUUCUCGCAUAUAUUGUCCCCUCUUUUUUUUGUUCUUUAGCCAAAAUGAUUUUGAGUACCCGGAAAAAAAAGAGCCAGUAUAUGAUAACGAUGAGUGCACAGCCUGUGAAUAAUUUAUUUCUGCAUAAAUGUACAGAUUAUCUGAGAACAAAGGAAAAAGGACAUGUUGGAAGGGUAUGCACUGUUUACACAUUUAAUACAGCUACUGACUGACAAUGAAGCUUCUUCAAGAGGAUUUUUUAAGUAACAUUAUUAUUAUUGUUAUCAUAUUAUCAUUUUUAUUGUCGUCAAAAUUAUUCUCAUCCUCAUCUUCAUCACUAACAGUAUAGUCAUUGCAAAAUAAUAUUAUAUUUAGGAUUUAUUAAGCAGAAAUUGUAUAUAUCUUCUAUUUUAAGUAGAAAAGCUUUAAAGUAUAUGUUAUUUCUUGAGGCUGUAACAAACUACCAUUGUGACCUUAUGUUAUUGAAAAGCUAUUUUACGUUUGCAUGACAGUUGAAAAUGUAUCUUUGCUGAGAUUUUCAAAUAAUUGUACCAUGUUUUCUCUUCUGGUGGAAGUCAACAGGAAUGUUGAAUGCUCAUUGGGACUUAGGAUAUGUUUUUUUUUUUCUCUCUCUCAGGUGUCUGUCAGCUUGCUGUGAGAAACAUGUUUAUGUCACACCAUACUGUGUAUUUGCAACUCUGUUUUCUUGUAGACUUUAGUUUUCGGUCUGGCUGUCUUAUCGAUUACCUCAGGUACUGUUUUCCUUUCAUACAGUGGCCAGUGAAAGUCCAGACACAUUCCACAGUCUUCACAUUUUGCUGCCUUACAGUUUGAUCUAAAAAAUGGAUGGCAUUAUUGAAACAUGUUCCGGAAAUAACUGUCUUCACUGUUUAUGUCUUCUCAAUCUAGAGUUUUUUUAUUUUUUAUUGGUGGAAGUAUAUUUGACAGUUGUUACAGCUUUCAAUAAUUUGAAUCCAGUUCGCACAAUUCUUAAGAAAGGACAUCUAUCGUUUGUGUCAAUAUGGCUCCAAGUUGGUAAACUUAGUUAUCUUUGAUCAACAGAAAUAUUCAAGCCUUGUCUCUGAUAUUCAAGCAAUCAUAUCAGGACAAAGACUGGACCACCUGGGAAUAUUCAAAACCUCUUGGAGAAGGUUUGUUGUUUGGUUUUAUGUAACUGUCUCUGGAAAAUUCAACUACAGGUUAGGUUUUUCUGAAGACAAAGACAGGUUUUCCUUGUUACUUGGACUUGGCUUUUUUUAAUCCUGACAUACUCCCUGUACCUACAGGUGACAAGGAUACCCAUACUUUGAUGCUGCUACCACAAUACUUGAAUUUACAAAUGUACUGAACUUGUGCAUUUUUAACUAAAACAAUAGAUAAGUGGCCCAAAGACCUGUGCAAAAUCAUUACAGUCUUAUUUAAAUGGGUUCAUAGCUCUAGUAGCUGCCAAAGUUGCUUCCACUAAACAUUAACUCUGGUGGAAAGACACAAUCAAUUGCUACGCCCUUCAUAAUUUCUGUGAUCUGAUGUGGAAUGUGGAGUAGGUCAUGUUGGUUGGUUGGGGAAAAAUAAAGUGUAAUCCCUCUUUAGAUAUCAUUUUAAAAUGUGAAGACAGUGCAAGUGGUGUGUUGACUCUCAGGCGACUUUAUGUAAGGGGAUCAUCUUCACUUAACUGAAGUUGGCUGCUGUUUUGGGUGACUUCACUUACAGCUUUUAUAGUUUUAAUGGUUGAUGACUCUGAGACGACUCAGACUAAAGGAUUGAUAGAUGCAGGGCAUUCUUAGACCUGCAAAUUUGUGCCUUUUAUGCUGAGCGUUUGGGGGGUUAAAGUAAAUAUAUUUUGUGGCUUGUCAUCAUAAUGUCUCACUAGUGUCCCCACCUGGAUAAGUAACAUCUUUCACACAAAGCAUUAAUGAUUUUGACUACAUGCUUGCAUUAUGUCAUGCUGCUUGUAUCUGAGUGCUUUUUAUUUACAGCUAUACUUUCAGCUUCAGCCUGUUGAUGGUUUAGUGGCUGUCACCAGCCAGUUGACAAUGGAAGAUGUUACAGAGAAUACCGGGAGACCCUUUACUUGCCUUGUCCUCGGCUGUUGGCCAACUGUUGUUGACAGAUAUCUGUUUCAUGAGCUGGCAUAGUGCAGCUCAGGUCAGUUGAAUCUUAAUGUUUGCAACACAUCCUGUCGGGAUUUAGAAACAUAUAGAUACAACAUCAACUCAGUUUAGUACUUUUUCAUGUAUGACAUUUUUUAGGGUUAUUUUUAACAUUGUGUAUCUCUUACGGAAAUGCAUCUUGUGUGCAUAGUCUCCUCAAGGUGCCCAAUCUCCUUUUCAUUUGUAAAUAUGCUAUCUGCAUCGGUUUUUACCAAAACAUAUGCUUGAAAAUUGAAAAACUGUGGUUUUAUUCUCUAGAAAACAAAGUAAAGUGUCUUAAUAGGAGGACAAGCCACCAGAUUGAAUCCUGGCAUAGAAUUGACAAGUGUCCGGAACUGUUGACGCGACACAAAAUCAUUGUUUCAUAGCAAAUUCCAUAAUUUGGUGUAUUGUUUUUGAUGGUGGUGGAAAAUGCUCUCUCAAGCAGUGCUACAGAAUAUUCCAUACGUUGUGUUCAGUUCAAUUGGUAUUUGGUGACAUGACACAACGUCUUGACCUGGCCAGAAUUUUACAUAACCCUAAACAGUAUGGGAAAAGCACCCUGCUCUGCAUAUACUGUCUGUCAUGACAUUUUUUUAGUAAGUUAACUUUUUUAGGCAGUUUUGCAGGAUGGCUUGGACUAGACACUUGUAAUUUAUGCAAGAAAUCAAACAAAGCCACUUCCCUUCAACAGCUGGACAUUUUUGUGCUCUCAUUAAGCGCUGUCAAUCUAAUGGCAAAUCAAUUUAAUCUAAUUUUGUCCAAGACAAAGAACCCGUUUUCCCCACUGCUGUAUUUUUCAUGCAUGUGAAUUGAGCAUCAUUUGUUACCAACAGUAAAAAAAAAAAAAAAUCCUCUUGGCUUGGGAGUACCAGUGAGGCUGGAGGUAACACGGACAAAUGCAUACUAAUCAUGCUACCGCAUUGACACAACUGUAAGAGUGGUAUCAUACGAUUUGUCCUGGAACAUAUCAAGGAGUCUGGCCUUGCCAGAUAGACCCAGGGGGGAAAGCUGUCUCACAGAAUGGCAAAUGUGAUAGCCAAUUAUAAUCGCAAUAAAUGGAUGACAAUAACAUAGAGAUGUGUUGUGAAUGAAAGGAUGGGGGUGGAAAUAUCCAAUCAAUUCCUGUCUUUGGGUCAGCACUGACCUUUGAAUAGACCUUUUGACCUCCUUGUCCCCAAGGAAACAUCCGAGCAUCUGCUCAUUUAAAAGUAGAUCUAUUUUUAUCAGAUAUCCAUGGGUUUGCAGCUCUCCAAGAUAUUAACAUUUUAACUGCUGAGGUAACUCGGCACUCUCCAUUUUCAAGAAACCCGAUAUAUUCCUCAUGUAAGAACUCUGUCCUUUCUGCAUUCUUAAUCCUCAGGGAAGAUUAACUUUGACUUCAUUGUAGUGACAAUCAGAUGUUACAACAUUAUAUACUGUACUUCAUGGUCUUUUCUCCUGUAAAUCCAUUUGAGUUCAACUGAGCCCCGCUAACUCAAACAAUAUAUUGUGACUAAAUAUCUUUAAGACUAUUAAAAAGAACAUAAUGAAGUACAUUACUGUUAUUCUCAAAUGUAUAAUAUAUUGCAGAGAGUUUCAAGACAAAGGGUUAUACUGUGUGCAUUAGCAGAUAUAAUAGCAAUUGCAGCAGGAAGGUCUUUGGUAAAUAAUCCAGACAUGUUGGAAGGAUAGAUUAUUGCAGACAAUCGUAUCACACCUUUCAUAUUUUACUCACCAUAGCUAAUGAUAAUCAUUUUUAAUGGUUUUGACAAAAUGUAAUGUAGAGAGUCCCAGGGCACCAUGUCAGGAAUACUGACAUCAUAUCUCGAUGAUGCUGCCCUCUACUGGAUUUGUGUUUUCUUACAGCAUUGUUUAAUUGCUUGCUUUUCCACAGUCUAUAUUUAAUAACAAGGGCCACGGUGUACAUCUCUAUAAUUCUGUAAUAUCUUUAUCUCAACAAAAGGUAUGUAUCAGGAAAGAGGCAACCUUUGGUUUUAAAUUACUUCCAUGGCAUUCAGAGAGAUUUUUAACCCCAUUUAAAAAAAGAAAAUCCUUAAGACAUGAUGUGAGAAUUUACACUUGCUUUCGUUAUCUGCUUGGUAGAUUGUAGCUAUUUGUUUGGUAGAUUGUAUUUUGCAGAAACAACCAAAACGUGAUGAUGUAAAAUGCUGUGUUAUGAUGAAAGGAAAUGUCUACUACGAUGACCAGAUAUCUUAUGCUUUGAAACAUAUUCUGUGAUUUACCUGUAUAUAGAACUAGUGUUUACUGCCAAAAGAAAGGAAACUCUGUCAUAAAGUGUUUUAAUGCGGUGUUGGUGUGUGGACAGACCAGGUCCAAGAUACGAGGGAUACAACACCAUUCUUCUUCAGGAAAUUCCAUUGUUGGGUCAGGGUGUUGUCAAUGGUGGUGGAAAAUGCUGUCCCAGGUUUCGCUUCAUAAUUUCCAAAACCAAGUGUUCAUAUUGGAUCUUGAAACAUUGGUACAUUAACCAGUCUUUGCCAUUGAAGCUUCAGCCAAAUGUUCCCAACAAUCACCCUUUUUUCAGUGUCCCUGAGAUCUGUUCUGUUGCAUGGUAGCGAAAAUAAUGGGCAAUGCCCGCUUAGCAUUUUUACAUUAGCCAGUAGCAUGAUGGGAUCCUAAUUCCACAUCUGUCUGGAGGCACCAGCCUCUGUGUUCAACAUCCUUUUGUAUCCCUCAUUAACUCAAGUGUUUCCUUUAUUUUGGCGGUUACCUAGCUACAAUGCUUCUAUAAAGGCUUUGGAUGGCUUUAGAAAACUGCUUACUUUGUUUUCAUAUGGAAGUUUUUUUUUUCUUCGCAAAUAAUAACAUGGCAACAUAGAGACUACAUUUUGAGCUGCACGCUAAGCAACGUCUUUUCAGCCAGAAAGACUUUCUUUUCAACUGAUUGUACUUAUAGCGCGAUGAAAUGAUCAUCCUGAUAAGGAUAACAUUAAUGACUAUAAUACUAAUAAUAGGAUCAGUCAUGAUUUCAGGAGGUACUCGGUUGACCCACCAGCCUUGGUUACCGACAUAUUGGCCUUGUUAACUGUUUUGUUUUGUACUUGACUUGGAAAUUCGGAGUAUAAAUGAAGCGUUGGUCUUCUACUUCUCAGGAAUAGACUUCUACCUCCAGUUGUACGGAUGUAGCCCUGCUGGGGGCAAAGGUUACAGUUCAGUGUGCAGAAGGUGUUGCGCUCGCUCUCUCAUUCUUUAUUGGUGUCACCCAGAAGAUUGUUUUGUAUGUAGCACUUUUGCAUUUGGUUGGUGUUCCCCUAGGCAGCAAACCUACAGCAUACAGCUACUUCUAAAUACAGGCACUGGAGUCUUUUUCAGUACUUUCUGUACAUGUGUGCUUUUUACCAUUAUUUUCUAUGAUUAACAUUUAUUCCGCUGAAGGGGAAACUGGUGACAUUGAGCUGGUCUGGCAUGUUGCCCCUCUUCAACGACCCAGUUACAAGCAAGGUGCAGUUCCCAAAUACACAGAUCAAUAAUAUGCUUUUUAGAAUGCGUGAUCUCUUUCUUAUGAUUGUAACAGUUUCAUGAGGGGCGAAGAACUAUCAUUGCCUAUUUAAUCGAUGUGUUUGUGUGAAUACUUUUAUUUUGAAUUUAAAUAAAUCUAACGUUUUACUAGAAUGUUAGCUGAAGUUGUAUGUGCUGUUCUUGUCACCACAAUUGCUUUGAUGACGCCUACUGCAGCAUAGCUGAGCAUAUUAGACAUGUUCACACCUGACCUCAUGUUGUGUAGUGAUCAGUGUUAGCAGGAUUUGUGAGUCAUCAUUGAGUCAUCAACAUUCGUCACCAGAAAACGUUGAAUUCUGAAAAUUCUCCCCUGUACUUUUUGUUCUUUACAACCACUGUCCUUUGGGGGUCCUGCAAUUCAUUUUUUAAAUUGUAUUUAUUAUAUACAACCAGGACUUUUCUUAUGUCAUUACCCUACUAAGUCUUUCUAAGGGUGAUAACCUCUGCAAUUUGAUUGGUCAACACAAUGUUGCUGUAGAUGUUUUAAAUUCCAUUGGACAAUGGAACAUGAUUUUAGCUGAUAUUCUACUGAGGAAAAAGUAAUCCGUAAUUUUUUUUUUACAUUCAAAUUGUUAAUUGGAAGUGCGUAUGUACAGGACAAACACAGGACAAACAAACCCAAAUCACUACUCCGUUAUUAUCAUUUCCCCCCAAUCCCACCUCCUACCCAAAUAUACACCAUUAUGUCCAAUUUGCAACAAACCCACAGCUGGUGAAGAAGUGUCAGUCAUCAAGACACGCCUUUCUGCUUCUUACAAUGCUGCAAGCAAAACCAGGACGUUUGCCAAAACUCUGGCUCAGGCUCGCCUGGUGGGCAAAUUAGUCCAUUCAGAUCAGCAUGGCUUUAUUCCUAACAAAAACAUGUUUUUCCAAUUCCAGUCUUCUCUCUAAUAUAUGAAUUGAUAUUACCUAACAUGGGUCUGGCAGUUAUACCUCUUGAUGGGGAGAAGGCCUUUAACCAGGUUGAAUGGUCCUACGUACCUGUGUUCCUGCAGAAAUGUAUAGUCGGAGGCUGUUCAUUGAAUGGAUUUGAAUGCCAGGAUGCAAUGUCACCACUGCACUGCACUGCACUGCACUGUAUUUGCUUAGAGCACUGUAACAGUCGCGAGCUAUCCCAGCUCAACUGGAAAUCAAACCUAUACUCCACUGAUUAACACAAAAGGCGGACAGUUCAUGUUUCAAUUAGUUUCUUGAGAAAAGACUGUCGAAUCUCACAUUGAAUCGAAGUAACAACUGAGUGGCAUGGUUCAACUAAGAAAGAUGCCAUUCAAUACUGGAAAAUGUCAACCUUUCCUCUGGAAAAGCUUUUUAAGACAUAGUUUGUCUGAUGUCGUCUUCUAUAUCACUGAAAACAGUCAGUCCAACCUUAAUUGAAAAGGGGUGUUUUUUUGUUGAGUCUGGUCAUUACUAACUGUAUUACAGCAUAUCAUUAAUUCAAAUUAUUUGACUAAGUUUUAAGCAUUUCAGUGGUAUGUCACUAAACAACGAUGUAAAAACUGUCAUGCACCUUGUAUUAGUCCACCUAGCAACAUUGGGAGUUUCAACUGAAAACAAAUACUUGUACUCAUUUUACAGUCUCUGUCAGAAUUUAAAACAAAAUAAAGGCCUAUGACGUCAAUGGUU